CCACCGGGGCGCUCUCUCCCUGUGCUGAGAAGGAGGAAGCGCCUCGGUUGACUUCUGCACUGCAGCUCUGUGUGGGCUGGAGGUUGAGCUUCCUGGGUCAGCGACCAAGACUUCUGCCUCCAUUGUGAGCCGGGAUCUCAGGGUGGACAAAAACCGUUGUGCUUUCCCACCGUGGGGAGGGGAGGUCCUAUGUCCGUCUGCGCUCCGCCCAUGCGGGAACUAUUAUCCCAAACUGGAGCCAGACCCCUGGGGCAACCCCGGGCUUUGCAGCAGCAGAUCUUAGUUCCUGAGCAGAAGGAAAUCCCAGGUGAAAGAUGUGACAAGGGAAAACAUUCAUCUUUUGAAACUGAAAUACCAUGCAAGAUAUCUCCAAAAAGAUCCACCAAUGACAGUGUUCCUGAGAGUCCAGAGCAAGGAAUUUCCCCCAGAAGUUUGGAGCAGGCUGAUGUUUUAGAAGAGAUGGAAGCGAAACAGCAUCACAGUGGGGUAAGAGUUAGGAAACGCAAAGGCACCAUUGUCUACCGGAGAACUUGCAUGGGCGAGAAACCAAACAUCUGUAUUGAGUGUGGAAAAAGCUUUCUCCAGAGCUCAGACCUAAUUAACCAUCGGAGAAUCCACACGGGAGAGAAGCCUUAUCGGUGCCCCGACUGUGGGAAGAGUUUUAGCAUAAGCUCAAACCUUAUCAGACACCAAAGGACCCACACAGGUGAGAAACCCUACAGCUGUGCCCACUGUGGGAAAAGUUUCACUGAUAGAUCAACACUGAUCCAACAUCAGCGUAUCCACACAGGAGAAAAGCCUUAUCAGUGCAUGGACUGUGGGAAGGCCUUCAGCCGGAGCUCUCAUUAUAAGAGGCACUUGAAGAGUCUGCCAGGAAAACAUCAGGGCCAAUACAGUCAUCCUGAGAACGCAACCAUCAAGGCUUCCUCAGGCCUGAGAAAUGGCGGAGGGGCUGAAACCCCCCAAACACGCAUCCCUAUUAAGUUCCAAAAUACAUGUGCAGAGUGUUGGCAGAGCUUCAGCCAAAACUCGGACUUGAUCAAGCACAUGCGCAUCCACACUGGGGAGAAGCCCUACGAGUGCAUCCACUGCGGGAAGUGCUUUAAUGUCAGUUCCAAUCUUAUUCGGCACCAGAGAAUCCACACGGGGGAGAAGCCCUACACUUGCUCAAAUUGUGGGAAAAGCUUUACCGACAAGUCCACUCUCACUCAGCAUUAUCGCAUCCACACGGGAGAGAAGCCCUAUAUAUGCGCUUACUGUGGGAAAGGUUUCAGUCACAGUUCCCACCACAAGAGACAUGAGAAGAUCCAUGCAGGAGAAAAACCUAUUGCCUUUAUGCCCCCAUGGGCCUACCCCAACCAAACAUUCUCAGACAUGUAGGUUUCUUAAGAUAGGUGUAGACCUGUAUGGCCAGUGCCUUUGGCCAUUGUGGCUGGGAAUGAUGAGAGUUGUAGUCCUACAACCUCCAAGGACCCAAGUUAGAGAAUCAGUGCUUUAUAUUGUCUCUUCCUUAAAGUGACUGUUAAUACCUAACAUACCUCAGGAGAAGAUGUGAAAUUCAUUCAUUUGACCCUUUUUGCAAUUUUCCACUGGCAGGGAGGGUAAAGAUGCUCUCUUUUCCUAGGCAUUUUGUAUUUGACUUCUGGUGUGUGUGUGUAUGUAUAAAAUGUAUACACACUUUUAACCACAGCUAGAUGCGUAGGUUUUCAUAUAGCUGUCUAACUGCACAAUAUCUCCAUUUUCUAAGUCCUAUAUUGACUUCUGUAAAACCCUGUAGCAAUGAGUUCCCCAUGCCCAUUAGACAGCUUGAAGUUUAGUCUUUUGAAUCCAACUGAUUAUCUUUUUGUUUACCUUUGCCUCAUGCAGUGGUGGCUGGCCUUUUUGGCAAAUACACCAUAAGUCCAAAGUAUUAAGAUAUUUGCACUGUAGUACAUAUGUAUCUCUUUCCUACAACUCUUUUAUGUGCUUUUAUCUCUAGUCUACUGAGCUGGGGUAGCAGAUAACAGUAUAGUGCAGGGCUGCCCAACUUUGGCCUGCCAGCUACUACUGGACCACAACUCCCAUAAUCCCUUACUAUUGGCCACUGUGGCUGAGGAUCAGUGUUCCCUCUAACAGAAAAUCCCAGAUGUUAUUGACAACAACUCCCAGCAUCCUCAGCCCAAAGCCACUGCAGCUAGGGAUUCUGGGAGCUGUAGUCAGCAAUAUCUGGGAUUCCCUCUUACAGGGGGCACUGCUGGGGAUGAUGAGAAUUGUAGUCCAACAACAGCUGAAGGGCCAAAGUUGUGCAACUCUGGUAUAGUGUAAGAGAGGAAGACAGAAAUCAGGCUUGACUAUUCCCUAGCCAGGCUCAGAAGCUUGCUUGCAAUUAUCCAAGAGUGCCUCAACUGUAUUGUGACAUCCGUACUACAAGCUGGCCUCAGCUCCAUUGCAGUGCACAUGUUUUUCAUGCAGAAGGUUCUAGGAUCAGUCCCAGCGUCUCCAGUUAAAUAAUCUCAGGUAACAGAUGCUGAGGAAAAUCCUCUUCGUGAGACCCCGAAAAACUGCUGCCAGUCCGAAUAGACAAUAUGGGUAAGACGGACCAGUGGUCUGACUCAGUACGAAGCCACUUCGUAAACUCAUUGCUGCCUUAGAGCCUCUAUUUAUAUCUUCAGCUUUGUACUUCUAACCUUUCUCUGAAACUCCCUCGUCUCCAUCUAGUCGUUGAGCUGAUUAUCCGUCUCUUUUUGUGUUGAGAUGCACUAACCAAAUGAGAUGCAUUAACCAAAACUGCACAUAGUAUUCUGGGGCCUGUGACUUAUUGGUUCCUCUACAGGACGUUGGUGUUAUUGACCCUUCUAGCUUAUGCAUCAUGCUGUAUGGGUGGCUGGCUUGAACCACUGCUGAACACAGAAUUGGUGACUCUUUUGUAUCUUUUCAGGCUGUUGACAACAGAGGAGCGAGGGAGCUUCCCAUAAGGACUGCUUUGUUGGAUCAGUUCAAGCAUCCAUGUGUUCAAUGCUUUUUUCUCCAUGCCUGUUGCUAGCACUCCAUGUGCAGAGGCAGCAUACCUGCAAUUGUGCUGGGGAAAACACAUCCUGGAUUGGUUAUAACCAUCAUGCUUUGUUUGUGGUUUUCCUGGAAGCAUCUGGCUGGCCGUGCUUAGAGCCAGACUUGCAAGACUAGAUGGAGCUUUUGGCAAGGCAAUUCUUAUGUUCCGUUGUGGUUAGGCAAAUGCCUGGCCACGUGUUUUGGGACCAAACUGGAAGUGUAGGGAGCAGGGCUCUGCAUAGCACUCCCCAUGCCUGCAUCGUGUGUCUCCUUUCUUUGGGCUACACAGCCUGUGCUCUGCUUGCAGUCACUCUCUUUGCUCUCUCUCUCUCUCUCUCUCUCUCUCUCUCUCUCUUUUGUUAGUCUAGGAUAAGAGUUCCCAUCCUUGGAUCCCCAGAAGUUGUUGGACUACAAUUCCCAUCAUCCCUGGGUUGAAGGCCAUUGUGGCUGGGGAUGGUGGGAGUUGUAGUUCAACAUCAUCUGGGGACCCAAGGUUGGGAACUCCUGGUCCAGGACAAGAAUUGGCAACGGGAGGUCCCAGAGCCAAAUUUAAUCCCCUUUCGGAGUACCAGCCACCUUGCUGGUUGCCAGCUUUGAGCCCAAAAGAUAUGUAGAACUAAUGGCGGCGGUGACAUUGGGACUUGCUGACAAUCUGCUUCGGAUGUGCUGGUGGAAGAUGCUGGCCCUGCCACCUUCUCUGCCUUCCUCAAAGUGACUCCCUCCCCGCCAGCUAGUGGCUGACUAAGGCAUGUGUCAUGCCUUGGGCCAAGAGGGUCCAGGUUUCACCCUCAGGAUGGCCCAAUGGGGAGAGGCCAUCGGCAUUCCGCAGAGCAGGUAUUUUGCAUGUAUAAGGUCCCAGGCUUAAUCUCUGGCAUCUCCAGUUAACCUCCUGGCCUCUCCCCCCUUUUUCCUUCAGAAGGUUUUUCACUCCCAAACUGCUGUCAGGCAGGUGAGGUCAUACUGGAGGCUUUCCCUCCUAUCUCAGAUCAGAAGGCUGGGAUAACAAUAUGGACAGUGGGCAGGCAUGGUGUACCUUGCAAAAACAGGAUGUGCUGAGUGAAUGCAUUGGGUAUCCCAUCAGGCACCCACUCCUCACCAAGGAUCUGCAAUAUGGACCCAUCUAGACAAAAUGUCUCCUUACUUGCUAAUAACAUAACACCCAUCUUAGUCCAGCUCAAGGAAAAUCACUUGCCUUGUGAUCAGGGGGGAAGCGGGUGUAGCUAGAACUGACUGAAAGAGUUCAAAGAACCUGAGGCCCUCCAGCUCCACCCCUCCCUAUUUUCUUCAUUAUCUCCCUCACUCAGGCCCCCUCUCCCCUAGCUACGCCCCUGGGAAAAAACAUCCCUGUAUAUAAACAAACCCCAUGUCAAGGAGAAAAGUAGGCCUGGCAUUUCAUUUUCUGUGUCCUGAAAGGUGUGUCUACUUAUGCAGACCCUGCUCUUACUAGCACAGGGUGAGAUCCAUGUGUCAGUGAUUCAAAUAUUGCAUUAUUAGUGGAUCGCGCAGAAGCUGGAGUGGCUCUCACACUUGCUGUUCUUGCUAAUAAUGUAGAGCACAAAUUGGUCCAAAGAUAGCAGCAGGUUAUAUUGGGAGCAAUCCAACUAUCUUAGCUGGCCUGCUUGUACUUAAGCUAGUAGGAUUUACUCCCAUUGACAUCAUCAAUCACCUCCUUUCAAUCAAGCAGCUAGUCUCAGCAUUUUAAGGGAACCUUCAGGGGAGGUGAGUGCAAAAGCUUUAAAAAUAUAGCUAUUCCAAGCUGUUACAUGUGUUUUAAACUUAUUUAGAGCUUUGUAAAGCCAGGGAAAGACCAGAUAAAUAGUUCAAUGCUGCAGUUUGUAAGCUAAGUUUUUGCGACUUUUAUUUCUCAGAAUGUAUUUGUAUCCUCAUGUGAAAAUAUUUGGAAGCAGAACUUUCAAAAUGUUAGUUGUUUUGGUUCUGAUAGCUACAUUUUCUGAAACGUGUCUUUUAAAAAGCUACUACAAAUGGAUAAUAAAGAUGAUUUUUUUAAAAAAAA